AUGGCCUUGAUCGGCGGGGAGGAGCAUCUCAAAGUAUGGGGCAAAAGAUCUCGUAAUGUUUUUAACCAGAAAAUAGAUUAUGCUCCUGCGGAAGUAUCUACUCGUUACGGAAUCUCAGGUGUCAAAGUGUGGAUUUCAUAUAGUAAAAAGGGGGGGGCGUGCUAUAUCCGAAAGGUACGAAAUAUAAUAAAUAUCGUAAAGGCAGAUGUAGUAGGCGUUGCAAACCGGACGGUACACAACUCGGUUUCGGAAGAUAUGGUAUUCAAAGUUGUAGAGCUGGUCGUCUUUCAUAUCGAGCCUGAAGCAGCGCGUCGGGCUAUAAUCGGACACGUCCAUCGUGAUAUGAGCGGACGAUUCCCAAGAAAUGGAAACAAAGAAAUAUUGGACCGGGAAGAAAAAAAAAGGGGGGAAAAAGAAAAAGCGCAUAUGAUGAAACGAAAAGGAAAUCCGAUUUCGGUAAGACUUGAUCUGAAUCGUCGUUCAGAUUCAAGUUGGUUCAGUGAAGACGUUGCUUUUUUUCAGACGUUGAUGGGGAGGGUCGGAUUCUCUGUGGUAUGGCGAACGUUAUAUCACUCGAUACUCAAGGGUUGCCCCGGAAGUCUGAUUUUUGCCUUAGUUUUAAUGGUGGGGGCCUUCAUGAAUGCCGAGACUGAAUUAGCUAAGAUGAUGGACCCUUUUCGCUCUGGUACCCGGGGCAGGUUGCCUGAUCUAAAUGAGCCCCCCCUACCUAUGGACAUACAGGAAGAAGAUAAUGGGGAUGCGGCCCUAGCACCCCAUAAAAGAAUAAGCAAAGCCGACCUUGAAUCCUCCAUUUCUCAAUUUAAUAAUUUUCUUAGAAAAAGAGAAACGGAGGCUUCUAGUUCGGGGGAGAUUUCCCCCGCUGCUUAUGCACGCAGGGAGGAGCUUCUGCGUGGAGGGUGCUGGGAUGAAAUAGUUAGGGGUCUGAGGGACUAUGGUGAAAAUAGCGGAAUUUCUAAGCACCGCCUGUCGUGGCAAGCUGCCCUGAAAAAGGUAGUCCUUAAGGAAGGUACGGACUUAUCUUAUCUUAGGACUCUGAAAGAUGAGUUAUAUGAUAAGGGCACCGAAAGCGAUGGUUUGGGCAAAGUGGCCUUUCAUUCCAGCAGGAGUGAGAGGGUAAAGGGGAAAGGGUGGGUGGCCCCCUACAAGUUCUUGAAGUCGGAUGGAACGAAAGCGCAUAUAGGAAACGAAACUCAGACCUAUGGUCUCGUCGAGACUCAAAGCGGUCAAGCACUUGCUCUUUUAUCUUCUCUUGCGUGGGCUAUCUCCCAAUUUGAUGCCAUCAUCUCCUUUAGAACUAACCCCCUCGUUGUCUUCCUCGCAUCUGACUGCUUUUACGACUCCCCGGCGAAAGAAUCCCGGACCCGAACUUUUUGUAGCUAUGUUCUUUCCUUCAACCCCUUCCUCGUAGAAGUGUUCGGAAGAGAUCUUGUCGAUCAAAUGCCCCACCUGGCACUCUCUCGCUCAUUCAAAAGAGAAGAAAGUUGGGAUGGUACAAGAAAAGACUAUGAUGAAAUAAAGCCCCCCAAAAACUUCACUGAGCCAAGGAAGAAGAAAGUCCGAAAGUCAGAAGGUAUGGUUGCUGCAAGCCACCCUGGUGCCAAGCCCAUCCAAGUCCACCUCUACGCAAAUACGCCCAAACCUGGCUUUAGUUGCCAAGCAUGUAGUAGUGUACCUCGAACCCGCCCUGGCACUUUAAUCCAAUGCGUCGUCUCAAUUACAUCGACCGUGAGUAGACAGCUAGCAGCGGAAUUGAGUAAUGAAAGUGGUAUCCCGUUGACAGCAGAUCUUGGAGUCCCCAUUGUUCAUGGUAGGGCCUCUAAGGAAUUAUAUCCCCCGUUGGUGGAGGAGCGACGCGAAAGGAGCCUACUAGUAGUUAGGAAUAAGCUACUAAAGACAUGA